AUGCAAGUAGACGUUUUCACUCCAACAAACACACACGGACUGGAGCUUCUCCCAGCAAGACGCGUUUUGAACCUCGUCUCACUUUCGACUCCAGAACAUGAGGCAAUGCAAGCGAUCAUAGAGCAGGCAAAGCAAAAUGAGCAGAGGCCAUCAGAAGCGGUGGCACCUCCCGACUCGACAAGAAGGGAUAGGCGGUGUAAAUAUCGCGAAGAUCAUGAUCGUGACAGUAGCUGUGCCAUGAAAGACCUUCAGGAGUUGGUCCGAGAUGUUCAGCCCCAGCACCAUGCCCAAACGUGUGCAACCAGACCAAUUGUACUUCGACGGGAAUCACCUCCGCUUGCAGUCAUCCAUAUGAUAUACAGUUUGCCAACGCCCUCAGCCGUGCACACAAUUCAAACACACCCUGCAUCCCAGAAGCAACUCACACCGGUGAAAAGGCCGCAUGAAGCUCCGAGUAUCACCUUCGACAAUUCUGAUCGUAUUGGCAUAACAGUCCCCCACAUUGAUCCACUGGUCAUUGAACUAUGUGUCAAUCGAUUUACUAUCGAGCGCGUUCUUAUAGACCAGGGAAGUACUUCUGAGGUUAUGUAUUACAAGACCUUCAUCAAACUUGGCUUAAAUGAAUCAAACUUGUCUCCGGCUCCUUAUCCAUUAUUCAGCUUCAACGCAAAUCCAGAAUAUCCAUUGGGAAAAAUCAUACUACCCGUCCGAGCAGGCUCCUGA